AUGAAGACUCAAGGGAUUGAGACUGCGUGUCAACGGUUGAUGCAGGCAGCUGAAAAACGGUACAAACGCCAUCGGCUUUCGACGUUGCUGCAAAAUGAGCAGGAAGAAGCUAUAGAACGUCGGAAACUUGAAGAGCAAAAGGUUAAUCUGCAUCGUGAAGUGCUCCAGCUGCGUCGCGAGGAAUUGGAUCACCAGCGUCACCAACAUGAGCUUAUCCGUGAGCAUAUGCAGCAUCAAGCUGCACAAACGGAAUCUCUGCUAAAGCUGGUAGCUGCUGCAAUUAGCCAGACGAAUACCUAA